AUGGACCACGACAUGACAGGCAAGGGGUCGAUUUCUUCCACUGUGUUUAUGCAGCCAAAUGCACCUCAUCAUGCAGAGGGCUCGUGGUACAGCGGCAAGGUCAGGAUCAUGGUGCAAGAUGCUGUCUUUCAAAAAUCAACUGCUUACAGGAAUGCAGCAGCAUCGGUGCGGUUGGCGAAAGAAGACCCUGCAGGGUGCAAACCCAUCCACAUAAAAUACAGUGAUGGUGGCGCUGAGCAUCGCACCCUGCUCAUUAAGGUGCAGUUGAGCCUGAUCGCGGUGUUCAAAAUGUUAGGGCUGGAUAUGCUCAUUGCCAGUAGAGCAGCUCCAGGCCAGAGCUGGCAAAAUCCAGUGGAGAGGGUCAUGGCUGUCCUCAACAUCGGGCUACAGAACUGUGCGCUGGAGAGAGUCCAGAUGUCAGCGGAAAUAGAAGGCCUUCUGAAGAGGUGUGGCUCAAUGGCAGACAUACGCAAAGCUUCUGAGAAGAACCCAGGGCUUGUCCAGGCCUGGAGCACUUCCAUCGCACCAGUGCUGGACACAGUGGCAGGGCGCUACAGUCGGCUCAAGCUGAAGGAAGAGCCAAUCACAAUAUUGGAUGCGGUUACAGAUGGUGAGGAAAAUUCUGUCAUGGAGGCCAUAACAGCCCUCUUCCCAGGGAUCAAUCCUGCCACGGUGACAAAACAACAGGCGGAAAAAGAUGCAGCCUUCUCUUCAUGGGUAGCAAAGCACUGCCGGCAACGCCAGUAUCUGUUUCAGAUACGAAAAUGUGGUGAUCCGGAAUGCUGUUCAGCUCCAGUCCUUCCGCCUGAACGACUUACAUGGCUUCCUGACCCAAUGCCUGAUGACACUGGAUUAAAGCAGCUGGAACUGAAGAGCGUCCUUGCAGACUAG